GAACAGUCCAACCAUUGAAUUUUUCCCGCACUCUUGAAUGAAUUUCGCAUUAACGUACGCCUUCUUGGAGCCUAUUCAGUGAAAACCGAGAGGAGUUCUGCACCGCAGAAACUUUGGAGUUCCUGUCCUAUCAGGGUGUAUAUAGAGAGUUACACUUCCUGUUUGUCGUGAAGUGACGAUUUGUAAUCAGGCGGUGGUCAACACUCAACAUGUCAGGUCUAACCAAAGCCAAGCAGUAUGACUGGAAGGACAGCAAUCUAGCUUUGUUUGGAUCCGAUACCGAAAAACAGGUCAAAAAGGAGUCUGCAGAAUCAGAACCAGCCUGGAAAGGAAUCGGACAGAAAGCAGGACUCCAAAUCUGGAGGAUUGUGAAAUUCAAGGUGACAUCCUGGCCCAAAGAGGAUUAUGGGAAAUUUUACAAUGGAGAUUCUUACAUUGUAUUAAACACCUACAAGGAUGACAGUAGUGAUGAGUUGUUGUAUGAUGUCCACUUCUGGAUCGGGAAGUACAGCACUCAGGAUGAGUAUGGGACAGCAGCUUACAAGACUGUGGAACUUGAUACCUUUCUUGACGACAAACCAAUCCAACACAGAGAGGUCCAGGGCUUUGAAUCUGAUCUCUUCAAGUCCUACUUUGAUACAAUCACAAUUCUAGAGGGAGGAGCGGAGACCGGCUUUAACAAGGUGACCCCUGAGAAAUACACACCACGUCUGUUUCACUUCUGUGGAACCAGGAAAAAUGUGGAAGUUAAACAGGUUCCACGCUCUGCGAGUCGAUUGGACAGUGGAGAUGUUUUUAUUCUGGAUCUGGGUUUGACUAUUUACCAGUGGAACGGUAAAGGCAGCAACAAAGACGAGAGAAUGAAGGCAAUGCAGUAUUUGAUUGCCCUGAAAGACGAGCGCCGAGGGAAGGCCAAGUCCGAAGUUCUUGAGGAAGAGGGGUUAUCUAAGAGUCACGAGUUUUACCAUGCCCUGACUGAAGACGAUGUUCCAGAUGAAGCAGAGAACAUGAAGCCGAAAGAUUUGACAGUGGAACUCUUCAGAUUGUCUGAUGCCUCGGGAAAUCUGACGUUUAAAGUAGAGAAGAGUGGGUCAGUAUCCACAUCUGAUUUGGACAGCAAGGAUGUGUUUAUUGUCGACACCAAGAAAGCUGUCUACGUUUGGAUUGGAUUGGAAACUUCUGUUGCUGAGAGAAAGAAUGCAAUGACUUAUGCCCAUAAAUAUCUACAGAAAACGGACCAUCCACUUUUGAGCGUCACGUGCCUGUCUGAAGGAAAACAUGACAGACAGAUCCGGAUGGCUCUCAGCGCCUAGCUACCCGAGGACAGCCGAGGCUAAUCUAAUCAUAAAUAUUUGAUACUGAGAGAUGACAGUUUCUGAGUUGAAAGAAACUUUUAAUAUGUUGUUUUGAUAUCAGAUAUAAUCGUAGUUUAAAUGUUUUGAUGUAGGUUUUAGCAAUACAUAGUUUUCUAUCCAAUGAGAUGGAUUUCUUAUCCAAAGAUAUAGCUAUAAUUGAGAUUUAGCAAUAUGUAUAGUAUUAUUAUGUAUGGAUUUAUGUUAGGGGGAAAAUUACCACCGAUUGUUGGAAAAACUCAUCUUUGUUUCUCUUUAUCACUUACCUUUUUUUCAUUUUAUAUGCUUAAUUUAUAUAUUUUUCAUAUAUACAUACAAUUAUCAUUUAUCAAUGUUACUUAUAUAAAGGGUAGAUUAUAUGGGUUUUGGGGUUAAUGAUUAUUUUGGAAUUCUUUUUCAUUCCUUUCUUUUUUUCUAGUUUUAUAGUGCUAUUUUCUUGUGCAAUAAUGCUGCACAUCGCAGAUCAUUUUUAUAUAGAAAUAAAAGUUAUAACAUUC